GCUGUAGCGUAGUUCGCCUCCCCGUGGUGCAGCCUGGGUAACGCUAAAUGGACUACACGCACUUCCUAGAGGCUGGAACUCUUGCCCGGGGUGGUCCAUUUCUUUGAUUGGAACGCAUUUUCUGGGUGAAAGUUCCAGUCGUGGAUGAAAGUGAUACGAAUUUUUGGAAAUUUUAGUUUUAUGGACGUAACUAAACGUUUCGGCCCUUGUUGUUUCAUAUUAUGCGGGCUCUGGUACAUAGCUAUAGUUGUUUGGAUCUGUUACGUUGCUAAUUUUUGUCGUUUUUUUUUUAAUUUAAGUUGAUUACAGAUAACCUAGAAGGAGUGUUCGUGCACAUCAAGGCUGACUAAAAGUAAAUUGAUGGAGUAUAUCUGUGCCCGUACAGUGAAAACGGAAACGAAAUCAGCACAUUUCCUUCAAUCCUUCCGCAUUGGCUGGAUGUCCAUGUUUGCCCGCCGCUUCUUCAAAGUCACUUCUUUCAUAAAACCCUAAAAGCUAGCAACCAGUAUCCACCAUGAGUACUCCAGUUGCCGAUACCAAGUCAGCUGCAGAGGAGCAGGCGCCGAAAGCAGAGAAGAAGCAGGAAACUUCUACAGCCUCAGAGGAUGUACAAGUGGAAGGUGACAAAGAAGGGGCUACCCCAGAGCCCUCUACUGCUGCGGAACCGGCUGCAAGUGAGGUGGACUCGUUAACGAGCGAGACGGAACCUGAAGCUGCUUCCGGCGAAGAAGCCAAACCUGCUGAAGGUGAGCAAAGCGACGACACCAAGGCGAAGAACGACAAGAUUCGUCGCAAUGGUGCCACUCGCAAGCGUUACAAAUGGUUGCUAGAACAGGGCUACUCACGCGAAGAGGCUGCAGACAAGGCCAAGGAACCUCUCAAGGUCCAGGAGCUGGAGGAAUUCAAGAGCCUCAGUGGCGCAGCAAAGAAGCGAUACAAUUGGUUGUUGAAAAAUGGUAACAACGAAAAGGAAGCCCUUAGAUUGGCCCGUGAGCCAAUGGGCACAUCCAAGCGCAAUCUAUCGGCAAACAGCGGUCCUCCGACCAAGGUCACGAAGGCAGGAGUCGAUCCUGCCGGAGGUAUGGUAAUGGCAGUUGCGUUUAUGGACUACCCCAACUCGUCAUUUAGCAAAACUCAAGCCAACGAGUUUAAGUCUGCCAUCUUGAAGGAGGUCAUAGCUCAAAAAGACUCGGAGCUGAAGCCUCACUUCCAGAGCUGCAAUUACGUCAAGGGAUAUCUCAGGGUUCACUGCUCCGAUGAAGAUACGCGUCGUUGGCUUCAACGGGUCGUAGCCAAGCUAGCCGUUCCGGAGGGUAUGGCCAACUUGAAGAUUAUCGCGGAAAGGAAUCUGCUCAAGGGGGACAUCUACAUCGGAUUCUUCCCCGAUAGUCGCAAGGACAACAAUGAAGCCAUUAUGGAGUUCGUCGAAAGCCAGAACGAAAGCAUCGACACUUCCAAGUGGAAGAUUUUGUCCCGCAAGGAGGUUCAGAAUAAGCAGACGGUUGAGCUCACGUUCACAAUGGACCAGGCGUCCGCCAAAAGCCUGCAAGCUCUUAGCUAUGAGCUGAACUACAAGUUCAACAAGAUCAAGCUUCGCAAGCAGACCAGAUCUGGUGAUGCGCAGCCGAAUCCCAACCCUAAUAUGCGACCUGUUGGAAACAUGGGUCCGCCGCAUGCAAGACAACCCUUCAUUCCACAACAGGGUCCAUCGUUGAACUUGAACACCUGGGACAAGAAUUUUGGCCAGAACCGUGGGGGUGUCAACAAUUUCAACCGUUUCGAUAACUCGCGCAACUCAUUUGGCUCCAAUAGUGGUGCAUUCGGUUGGAACAGCGGUGGCAACUCCUUUGGCUUGGGUGGAAGUGGAUCGAACAGCUCUUUUGCCAAUAGCAAUCCCUUUGCAAAUGCCAUCGCUUCGGCUGGCAAUCGCGGUGGGUACCAGUCAAACAGUGACCGCCCAUUCAACAACUUGAUCGAAAGCCUGUACGAUCAGUUGAAAUUAAUCAGUAACACUAGCAAUAGCAGUGGCAACAACAGCAACACUAACUUUAACCCUAACAACUUCGGAAAUGCUCGUCGUUCCGUCAGCGGAGCUGGGGACAACGAUAACAACGGCUCCAACAACGGCAACAAUAACCAAUGGGGGCGGAAUACUGGCGGCAAUCCUGGUACUUCGUCUUCUUACACAGGUCGUAGCAGCAACAACUAUUACGGUAAUCGAAGCUUCUUCACAACUACACGAACAGGCUUCUUUUGAAUAGCUCUACAUACAUCACAGUAUUCCUUAUAACGGAAGUGACAUUUUCAUUCAAAUGCAUUAUCUUAAGUAUUCGAAUUCGAAUUUGACUCGGUAUGAACCUAUACUUUGACUUAAAAUAAAUUUAAUGUAACCCCAAAUAA